CACAAAAACAAAGAUAUACAUUGUGAUGGAAUAUGUAUCUGGAGGACCACUAUUGGACAAGAUGUCCUAUGCUGAAAAGUUGAAUGAAUGUGAGGCAAGAAAACUAUUCCAGCAACUUAUUGAUGCCUUGGACUACUGUCAUGACAAAGGAAUUUAUCAUCGAGAUCUCAAGCCAGAAAACUUGCUUCUUGACAACAAGGGAAAUCUCAAAGUAUCUGAUUUUGGAUUGAGUGCAUUGCAAAAACCUAAUGAUGUCUUAAACACGCGGUGUGGAUCCCCGUGCUAUGUGGCACCAGAGUUGUUAUGGAGCAACAGAUACGAUGGAGCAGCUGCUGAUGUUUGGUCAUGUGGGGUGAUCCUUUUUGAAUUACUUGCAGGUUAUCUACCAUUUGACGACCAGAAUUUGAUGAGCUUAUAUAGAAAGAUAUGCAAGGCAGAAUAUAAAUGUCCACCAUGGUUUACUCAAAGUCAAAAGAAACUAAUUACCAAAAUACUUGAACCACAUCCGGGAAAGCGGAUAACUAUACCAGAUAUUGUUGAAGAUGAAUGGUUUCAAUUAGAUUACAAGCCUGUUGAUGCAUCUGAACUUAAUGAGGACAUUAACUUGGAUGAUGACAAUGCUGCUUUUGAUUCAUCAGCGAUGUCUAGAUCCUCAAGUUUCAUUAAUGCGUUUCAACUAAUAGCCAUGUCUCAGGACCUUGAUCUGUCUGGCCUUUUUGAAGAACAGGAUGAAAAAAAGAAGAGAACAAGGCUGGGAUCCACACACACAAUCAAUGAAACCAUAGAAAAAAUAGAAGCUGCUGCAGCAGAUGUGAGACUGACUGUAGAAAAAAUGAACAACUUAAAGAUAAAAAUGCAACCAAAACCGAUAAUGACCAGGUGUUCUAGAUCAUACUUUGACCUAUCAGCCCAGGUGAUUGAAGUUGCCCCAACUCAUUGUGUUAUAGAAAUAUCAAAAUCUGAAGGAGAUCUAAGAAUGUACUACGAAUUUUGUGAAAGUCUAUCAAAUCUGCUGAAACAAAACCCUCGUGUGCCAUCACAAAACCAAGAUUCCUUAUAGAUCUCUGCGCCAGUGACAGAAAAAAGCAAGAUGCUGG